AUGACAAUUGACUCAUCAUCUAAUUUUGCUUUUGGAACUAGAGCCAUCCAUGUUGGUGCUCCUAUUGAUGCUACCACUGGUGCAGUUAUUGAACCCAUUUCCUUGUCCACUACCUUUGGCCAGUCAGAACCUUCCAAGCCAAUUGGUAUUUACGAAUAUUCGCGUUCAGCUAACCCCAACAGAGACAACUUUGAAACUGCUGUUGCUUCUUUAGAGUCAGCUAAAUAUGCCAUUGCAUUAUCCUCGGGUUCAGCAACCACGGCUUUGGUCAUUCAAUCUUUACCUAUUGGAUCACAUAUUAUUUCUGGUGGUGAUGUUUAUGGUGGAACUCAUAGAUACUUCACUAAAGUGGCCAAUCAUCACGGGGUUGAAGCUACAUUUGUUGGUGAUUUAGAGUCCGACUUGAAUACUUCCUUAAGACCAGAAACUAAAUUGGUGUGGUUGGAAACCCCAUCGAAUCCAACUUUGAAGGUUACUGACAUUGCCAAAGUAAAACAAAUUUUACAAGACCAUCAGGACAGAACCGGUAACAAGGUAUUAUUGGUGGUAGACAACACAUUUUUAUCUCCUUAUAUUUCCAAUCCUUUGAAAUUUGGUGCUGACGUUGUUGUUCAUUCGGUUACUAAAUAUAUCAAUGGACAUUCGGAUGUUGUCAUGGGUGUUUUGGCUACUAACGAUACUGAUUUGCAUGAAAGAUUUAGAUUCUUGCAAAAUGCUAUUGGAUCAAUCCCAUCUCCAUUUGAUUCUUGGUUGGCUCAUAGAGGUUUAAAGACUUUGCAUUUAAGAUUGCGUCAAGCAUCUACAUCGGCACAAAAAAUUGCCGAAUAUUUGCAAUCUAGAAUCGAAGAUGGUUCGGUUAUUCAUGUUAAUUACCCAGGUUUGAAAACUCAUCAACAGCACGGUGUUGUUUUACGCCAACAUAGAGAUGGUUUGGGUGGAGGAAUGAUUUCGUUUAGAAUCAAAGGUGGUGCAAAAGGUGCUUCAAUCUUUACUUCAUCAACUAAGUUGUUCACUUUGGCUGAAUCUCUUGGUGGUAUCGAAUCAUUGAUUGAAGUUCCAGCAAUUAUGACUCAUGGGGGUAUUCCAAAGGCUGAAAGAGAAGGAAAUGGAGUGUAUGAUGAUUUGGUCAGAGUGUCGGUUGGAAUCGAGGAUACUGAUGACUUACUUAAAGAUAUUGAGCAAGCUUUACACAAGGUAAAGAUAGACGUUGAAGAAGAGCUUAUCUGUCCUGAUUCCAACAAUCCAACCAUUUGCUACCCCAAAAUUUUUGUUCCUACAAACGAUUGGCAAGUUAUAAAACCUGGCCAAGAUAUUCCAGCUGGACUACACGUGAGAUUAAACUUGGAAACUUCAGAGCGAGAAGCAAGGCUAAUGACCAACGAGCUGGACGAUAAUGAAAAGGACGAGGGUGUUGUGGUGGUGGGAGAAACCAAUGAUGAUGGUGACGUCACAAACAAUGGCGACCAGGAUAAAUUAAGACACGAACAAAUAGCCAGCGCCCUUUACGCCAACAAGAAGAGUAAACAGAGAGUGAACAAAGAGGACUUGUCUGAUUUCAAUUCAGCUGUGGAAGCGGUAGAAGGAUAUGAUCGGGGCAAAUUGAAUCAACACGAAGAUAGGGAACGAUUAUUAAGUGCUUUGGAUACAAUCAAUGAUUUGUCGCAUGAUAUUGAACUCGGUGAACAGUUGACAAGCAACGGAGCCCUUUUCCAAAAAUUGACAAGUCUUGCUAGCACUACUGGUGAUGUACAACUUGAAGAAAAAGUAUACAACAUCAUAACUGCCUCACUUAGAAACAACCCCGGUGCUAUUAGCAACUUACUUAGAGGAAAGGUUCCUGGGUUUGAUGUUGGGGAUUUCAUUACUUCAUUGUUGAAAGAUAUUAGGGGCUCGCCUGAUGUCAUACAGAAACGAAAGAUUGGUAUCAUUCAAGCAUUAGCUCAAGACCCGUCUGUGGCACAACAAUUGUUUUCCUUUAAGUAUCCAAAAGGAUUGAAUCAAUUGGUCGAUGUUUACCCAUCCUUGAGUGUCGAGGCAAAAACAAGAGUGGUUAACAUCUUGGAGGACCUCAGCAUCUGGGGAAAGAGCAAUGAUAAGAGGACAACUGACGACACCGAUCCUGAUUCCAACUUGUCUAGAUUCAUUCAACAGGCUUUAGCUGAGGGAAAGUUUACUCGUGGUGAAGAUGCAAAGGCCUAUUUCACUCAUUUAGCUGAUUUGCACAAGAGUGAUAAGAAGCUAAAACCAACGCCGGACUUCUUACAAUGGUUGAGUAAAGAAGUUGAGUUGCGGAAAGAGAAGAAAAAACGGGAUGGCGUAUCACAAGAAGAUCUUGAUUUUGAUCGGUUUAUGUUAACGGCCAGACAUGAAAUAUUCGGUAAUCCCAUGGGAUUAAGGAAAGCUACUGCUGAUGAAUUGUAA